AUGUCAUCCAUUCUCCGCCAGAUAGUCGCAGGUCCAAGACAACAGCACGCAGAAGCAGGGUUAGAUCUCUGCUACGUGACAGACAAUGUCAUCGCAACAUCUGGUCCAUCAGCAACAUAUCCACAGCGCGCCUACCGCAACCCACUAGACGCGCUAGUCAACUUCCUCGACACGAAACAUGGCACAAACUGGUGCAUCUGGGAAUUCCGCGCCGAAGGCACAGGAUACCCCGAUUCAGAGGUCUACGGGCGCAUCCACCACUUCCCCUGGCCAGACCACCACCCACCGCCAUUCGCGCAUAUUCCCAACAUAAUGGGCAGCAUGCGGAACUGGCUACAACGACUAGACAAGGGGAAAGAUUCACCCGACACGGACAAAAACGAGCGGGUCGCUGUCGUGCACUGCAAGGCAGGCAAAGGGCGUAGCGGGACGAUCGCAUGUGCAUACCUGAUCAGCCAGGAAGGGUGGAAGAAGGAAGACGCGCUGCAACGCUUUACGGAACGGCGCAUGCGGGUCGGCUUCGGGAACGGCGUUAGCAUUCCCAGUCAGCUGCGAUAUGUCGGGUAUAUCGAUAAAUGGGCGAACGAGAUGGGGAAGCAGUAUGUCGAGCGGCCGGUGGAGAUCCUGGAGGUUCAUAUCUGGGGAUUGAGGGAUGGGGUUAAGGUUGCUGUGGAGGGGUAUGUGGAUGAGGGGAAGAAGAUUAAGAGUUUCCAUAUGUUCCAUCGAAAUGAGCGUACCAUCGUUGAAGAUGGAGGCUCGACAUCUGAGGAACAGGACGCUACCAAGCCAAAUCCCAACUCGGACCCCAAGAUGAAGAAGGCAUACAGCGAGAACGCGCUUGCUUCGUCUGCGACCUGGUCCCCGACGGUAUCGGGAUCUGAUGUCUCCAGCUCAUCGUCCCCGGCGGGCCGCAGUGUCUCAGCAAUGAUCUUCAAACCCAACAAGCCACUCAUUGUCCCUAGCUCGGAUGUGAACAUCGACUUCGAGAGGCGCAGCAAAGCAUCCUACACAGGCUUCGCGAUGGUAACCUCUAUCGCGCACGUAUGGUUCAACCCGUACUUCGAAGGCGGAGCCGAGCACGACUCGGGCGUCUUUGAGACAGAAUGGGACGCGAUGGAUGGGAUCAAGGGGAGCGCAAGGAAGGGGAUCCGGGCAUUAGACAAGCUGAAGGUAGUGUGGCGAUAUCCUGCGGCGGAGACCGUGGAAGCCAGUGCAGCUAGCAAGAGCAAAGGGAAAGGGAAGAAGAGUGAGGAUACCGCGCCGGCAGCGGGGAGGCGCAUCAGCGAGCCGAAACCAGGUGAUCCCAUCCAUGAAAGCGAGCCGCCUGACUGGCGUGGACUGCCGCAGGAAUAUAAGAAGGAAAACCAGCGUCCUUCUGAGAGUUCGCCGCAAACAGGUACUGCUGCAGGUGGCUCGGACAAGAAUAAGGAGCAAGAACAUGCCCUGGAGAAGGAACUUGGGCUGUUGAAGCAGACGGAUGAUAGUCGGGAUGUUAGUCUUGCUGGAAGUGAUGAUGAGACGACGACUACUACUACCGAUGAUGAGGGCUCAAAGGUCAAAAUCAACAAGGUGCAUAGUGAAGGACUUGAGGGGGUGAAGACGAAUUAUGCGAAGAAUGGGGAGGCAGCAGGUAAAACAGAUCAGAGCUCUGAUGAGUCGAGUGGGAAAUAA